AUGGCUCCUGGCGACAGUCAAGCAAACAUUAAAAAGAAGCGAAAGACUGAGAUUGCAGCCAAGGAGAAAGUGAAGCUGGUGAAAAGAUUCAAAUUAUUCAAAUUAAAUUAUGACGACGUUGAAAAUCUUUCCGUGUCAUUAAAACCCUUCCUCACUGAACUAGAAAAGGAGCGCGGCCCUGAUAGCACUCCAACAGAUGAUGCAUUUCGCAGAUGGAUCAAGAACGUCGAUGAAGGAAAGUGGACCGAGGAGAUGAGUCAAAAGCGGAACCGUAAACCCAAGCUGAAGAAGGAAAUCAGGAACAUAGUAUCCGAAGAUGAAACCAAUUCCCUCACGGAUUCUGAAUAUGUUCAUGGGGUGCAAGAAUUUUUGACAAGAUUGCCUCAACUCCCCGUGAUAGCGAUUGAACGUUGCCAAGAAUCUGAUCUUACCGAAUACUACGAUCACCUCUGGAGUCAGCCUAAGGUAAUGGAACUCUAUAGUGAAGGCGAAGUGAGGAGUCGUGAUUAUGUCGCCGGGAGACUGAAAACUUGGUGCAAGAGGUGGGAUGAUAACUUUCCAUUUUCGGCAUUUACUGUCCGUUUACCAGAUGGAAAUAAUACCUUUCUGGGUUGCAUGAUACUUGGUCUUAGUGAAGAAGAGAAUACUGCCGAAAUUGCUGGUUUGUUACGACAAGAGUACUGGCGCAAAGGGUUUGCAACAGCGGGGAUGAUACAUCUGCUGGCUCAUGCAAGAGAGUUGUUCCAAGAUCGGAAGAAAGUCGCCGAUGGCGAGCCAUUUGAGCGCAUUGUGGCUACAUGCCAUCCCAAGAAUAUUGCUUCUCAGUUUUUGCUCGAAAGUCAAGGGUUUCAUCAGUACACCCCUCCCAUUCGAUGGAGAGCUGAUCGUUUGUACUACGCUCUUACAAUUCCUCCCGUCAUAAGGAACUUUACUGAUGUGCCAUGA